CCUUCCCCUGGGGUAAAAACAUCACAAGUUACCCUAAUCCCAAGACAAGUUACCCCAUUUUCCAGGCGAGUUACCCUGAAACCGAUGGAAACAAUCAAAUCUGUUCUUAUCAGGUGAAAGAUAACGGAAAUACUUCAGAUUAUGCGUCUAUCUACAGUCUCUUCAACAGCUGCGUGACGAGUGAUGUUACAGUUAUCAAAGUUUGACGUUACAGUGUUUAAAGUUAGACGUUAGUGCGAUAAAAGUGAGACGUUACAGAGAUUACAUUUUGAAGUUAUAGUAAUGAAAGUGUGACAAGAGUCGUCAAGUAAACAAAUGUCGAUUACUUAAAUAACAUCAAUGCCAACGUCAAGACAAUAUGAGUGAUAAGUGCAUGAAUGACAUCAGCAAUAACUGUAUAAAUAACGAAUACAUGAGCAUCAACCACUCCAACAAUAUUAGUCACAAUAUCAACAUGAUAUCAUGUGACGAAAUCUAUAGAAAGAACAGCACCGUCAGCGAUGACAUCAUCAUGAGUAACAACAACAAUAACAACAUCGGCAUUAGUAACAACAACGUCAGUGUGAGUGACAACGAUAUGAAAAAUAAAAGCAGCCUCAUUGAUCAUAGCAGCAUUUGUCAGAGCAAGAGCAGCACAAUUAAACGCAUCAGCAUGAGUGAAAGUAACGUCGCGAGUGAAAGCAACAUCAGCACGAAUAAGAGCAACAUCAGCAUGAUCAAGAGCAAUACCAGCACGAACAAGAGCAGCAUCAGCACGAAUAAGAGCAACACCAGCACGAAUAAGAGCAACAUCAGCACGAAUAAGAGCAACAUCAGCACGAAUAAGAGCCUGAUCACAAUGGACGUUGCCAGAAGUUCAACCACCAAAACCUACGGCAAGCAGACUUCUCCCAAAUCUGCGUCUGCCACUAGUCCAGUUAUCAGUGGCAAUUGGGCCAGUGCUGUUAACUGCUCCACGACAAUCUCCUCAACCGAUAACAGCCUACAUAACAUCUCAGAAAAAGCUCAGGAGUUAUCAGUCCCUUCAGAGCACCACAAUAACGGCGUUAAGAUUGAGAGGAGGUCGCCUAAACCAUCCUCCGAAAGCUCGUCAUCCUGUUUAUCUCAUUGGGAAGCAACAGGUGCUACCGUCACAGCUACCAUUAAAACUGAAGUUGAAACCAAUGAUAUCGUAGGUAUUAGUGCUACUGCAGCUGGUACGGAUGAUACCAUUGCAGGUAUCAGCCGAGCUUAUCAAGCGCCGAUGGUUAGAGUGCGAACAUACGCGAUAAAACCCGACCUUGUUAGCAAUCUGCCGAUGAUACGAGCCAGCGUCGUCAGAACAACCAAUCCUUUAAGAACAGGUCCUGUCUUCAGUAGUAAGCUGAUAAGAACAAGUCCUGACAAAACUAGUCAGUCUAUACGAACAGUUGCUGUCAGCAAUAGUCAGCUGGUAAGGGCUGCUGGUGUCAGCGAAGAGACACAUAAGCCUUUGAUAUUGUCCACGCUGCCUUCUAUCUCAACGACAGUCAAGAUGUCGCAUGCUAACCGUUUAAACGAGGAAUCUUGCUCAAAGGUUCUAUCCGUUACAGCGGGUGAGACUACUUUCCCUUCCUGUGUAACGGUGCCAGGGGCAACCGUUACCACGGCCUUAUAUGAAACCGGAUCCAAUACAGCCAUUGUAGAUGAUGGCUCUGGCACGACGAUGCUGGUGGCAGGGGCGGAAGUGGUGCGAUCUUCCGUAGUGUCGUACGCGACACCCAUCCUCCGCCACGUCUGCCUGCACACUGAGCCUCCAGCAGUGACGCUGGCCCAGCGGGCAACAAGUAGGCGCGACACUCACGCUCCUUCAACCCGAGAUUCUCCAUCGAUUUGUGUGAAAGAUGAACAUCUGUCAACCUCUCGGUCAAGUGACAGUAGCUCUCCAGAGCGGUCGAAAGAUAACAAUUUUCCACUGCAAUCAACUGACAAAUUGUCAUUGCAGUCGAAAGACAACAAAUUGCCGCGAUUAUCAAACGACAAUUUGCCUCCUACCCACUGGAAUGACAGUAACAACAAUAGCGAGACGGGCAACGAGCCACUGAGAGCAGCAGAACUCAGUGGAGGCCAGCGGCCAAAUCGACGUUCGUCCGACUCGGGGGCGGCGCCCGACGUGCCACGUCCCGACUCGCGGACGGUGCCCGACGUGCCACGUCCCGACUCGCGGACGGUGCCCGACGUGCCACGUCCCGACGACGAGCUGACGUCCCUGUCGUGGCUACAGGACUGCAAUCUCCUCAGAGGCACCGCGCUAUCGCCUGUGAAACUCUCAUCGUCCAAGUCCAUCUGUCCCGGACCCGCGUCGCCGGACCCGGACGUCGCAGCCAUGAACCUCUACCGCGGGCUGCCCGAGCGACACCCGCCGGCACCGCGUCAGGUGAAGGCCGAGUCGCCAACCAGCGACUACGGCGAUGAAACUUACGACGCCGGCGAUCCUCUGGAGACUGAAGGAUACUCCGUGGGACCGAGCAGACCUAAGAGUCUGCUCACAUCCUCCCAACAGACGAACGGGUGCGCGAAGCCACCAUACUCGUUCUCGUGCCUGAUCUUCAUGGCUAUCGAGGACUCAGAAGAGAAGGCGCUGCCCGUGAAGAGCAUCUACGCGUGGGUGCAGCAUCACUUCCCGUACUUCCGCACCGCGCCCGCAGGCUGGAAGAACAGUGUCCGCCACAACCUCAGCCUCAACAAAUGCUUCAGCAAAGUCGACAAGUCACCGGCUCUGGGCAAAGGGUCGCUGUGGAUGGUGGACCCGACCCACCGACCCAACCUCCUGCAGAGCCUCAGCAAGGUCCCGUCCCAGCCCCCCGGCGGCAGCGACAAGGUCUUCAUGCUCUCCACUAGACCGGCCGUCGCCCCCAGGAACAGGAACCAAGAAUCAGUCAACAGGAUAAGCAUAGGAAGCGCCAUGCCUCGUCCACUGCCUCAAGCAAGUUAUCUUCCCUCCGUUGGAGGCAACGGCCCCGGUCCAAAAAUCAAGCCUUUUAACGGCACUUCACAACCCACUUCUUCUUCCGGCCAAAGUUACGAUCAAAAUGUCCCCGUUUCCUGCACCGGUUCUUCUCUGUUCGCCAAAAGCCUACAUCAACGUAACCCAGUCGCUUCAGAGCUGCCAAGGGACAUGCACAACUCUUCCCCGGGCUUAAUGUCGACCACAAACUCCCCUGACCCCACACUCUUCCCCUUCCUGGCCCGCCGUUUAGGGGGUAUCGGGCACCAGCCUUCGGCCCCCUCCGAUAGGGACUCUUAUUCUCCCUUGGAUAUUAACUUGGAGAAGCUGGAGGGCCUGGAGUCUCUGCAGGGGGUCGGCAUCGAGGAUGUGGACGCCGCCCAGGCCAUGCUCACCCUCAAGCACGGCCACCGGGCUAUGGCCCCCCUCCAGGGGGCGCUGAUGUCGCUGCGUGAGGGCGUCGCGCGGCGGCAGGAGGACGGCGUAGGGCGCCACAAGAAGCGUCCUGAGGCCGCCCACGUGGCUGCAACUGACGCUCUCCCCGAAAAAUUGACAUCGUCUGGCGGCUUCGGCUCGUCUCUGGUAUCUUCGUCGCCCACUUCAUCUUCGUUCUCAUCGCCCUGCUCGUCCACCCCACCCACGCCUCCCCGGGGAUCGUCCACGGGCCGGGCUCGGGGCCGGGCCCGAAUGGCGCCCCUUCUGAAGGGCACGGACGCCGGGUCUCCGACCUCCAGCGUGGAUGAGGCGUUCUCCGACGGGUCCUUCGAGAGCGACGCUGGGGAGGUUGGCCACCACUCGCCAUCAGACUUCCAGCAAAUGGUGGAUGGGGCGGAUGCUCUUCUAAAUUUCGCCGCGCGAGCGACGACUUUGAUGCCUCAGUUGCUCAUGGGUCGCGUGGCUGACGAUCGGUCGCCUCUUCCAGUCCUCCGAACUCCAGUCAUGUCGCGGCCUGAUUCUGCCGGGACUGUCGAUUCUCCCAAAAGCCGAUCAAGAGACACUCACUUCCUCAAACAAGGUUCGGAAAGACUCUUCUCGCCAAUACAUAACACCCAUACCGGGCCUAAUGACGACGACUAUCUCUUCUGCUCGGAAACUCUAGAGCCUCUGCAUAAAAAAGGCCGAUUUGAGUCCCAGGAGGGAGGAAGCCCCAUGGCUUCCCCAACUUCCGUGUCGCGGUUUGAUGACGGACGAGACGUCAAAGUUGAAUUUGGAGGCUCGGCUCCGGACAGACCGGAGGCCGAGUCGGCUUAUCGCAGGCACCCAUCUCAUCUUAAAGGAUCCUUCGCCCCUCGCUCUUCUGCUCUUCUAAAAAAUGUUUCGCCGAAGUCAGGCAGUGUUAACAAACCCGUGAAAAAUCAAAUUAUGAGCAAAUUAAGCAAACCCAAGCGUAAUCCCGUAACGAAAAUUAGUCGGUAGUGAAGUGUCAGGCGGUUUUUUCUACCGUCGCUUGAAAACUCAAACCUGAUGCAAGACUCGCGAGUAUCUCUUACUGUACAAAAGAAGCUUAGUUCAGUCGACGAGCCAACCACUGCGCUGCCAAUUACGUUCUGUAGAUAAAAGUGGUUGACGUGGACAGACUGACGUGUACAAAACGUGUGAGGGCAGAAAUGGAUUAUAUACACAAGGUUACUUCUACUUCAGGAAGAUUUAGAGCGACAGUUGAAUUAAGAAGUUUAUUUAUUUCUAAAGUGGAAGAAUUUCAUGCUAUUGAAAUGAAUUAAAUCAGAAAAGAAUUCAAGGGAAGCAACAAAUUGCAGUGGAUUCUUGCCAAGGGCUUGAAUAACAUGGAUGAAUAUUAUAAGAGUUUGAUGUGGGUAGAGAACUUCUGAGCAACUUUGAUUUAUUUCGCUAAGUGUUAUAAUAAUGAUGAGUUCGAACGACAGAAACGGUGGCGCGAUGAGGAGGAAAUGUAACGUUGCAUGGACACAAAUGCGGUAUAGCUUAAAUUCUAUGCACUGAGCUACAUAAAAUGUUCAAACUAUAGCUGUUGUAAUAUUGUUAUGUGCUAUAGCUUAGGUCCGUUUAUGGGAAACGUCUCAGAUAUGAAGAAUAAAAAUAGAAACCCUAUUGCAUUAAAUUUCUUACUUAUCUUGAAAGGGAAGAUUGAUUACAUGAUUCAAGGCGACUUUCAUUAAUUUUUGUUAAGAAAUUGUUGCAAUCUUGAUUCGUUUCUUAAACAAUGUCCAUUUCUUCCAUACUUCUUCUUGAUUCUUUUGACAUGCUCGUUAAUGAAUUUUCCAUGCCUACGUUAUCUGUUGACUUUUUAUUUUCAAGUUCCAGCAAAUGUUUCUAUUAAUA